CAUCUAAAAUUUACGAUAAAAGAGUGAAAGAUAAACGAGACCUUCAAUUUUGUUUAAAACCAAUCUCUGGAAAAAAAGUAUUUACCACUAAUUCAGAAUAUACCAAUGAUAUUAUUAAUGAAAAUACCCGUGUCACUUAUAAACCAACUGUAAUAAUUUACGUCGAUAACGAAAGAGAUGUUGCAACUUCCAUAAAAUGUGCGAAAACUUUGGGAAUUGGGAUUACUGCGAGAUCAGGUGGACAUUCAUAUGAAAGUUAUGGUACAGGUGGUAAAGAUGGUGUGAUAGUAGUAGAUGUGACCAAUUUGAAUCAAAUUCUUAUUGAUUCCAAUAAAAAAACUGCUAUUAUUGGAGCUGGACAGCGAUUAGGUCCAAUUUAUUUUGCCUUAAGUGAAAAAGGAUUUUUGAUACCUGCUGGUACUUGUCCUAGUGUUGGUAUCGCUGGUCAUGCAUUAGGGGGGGUAAGAAGAAAAUUUGGUCUUACCUCUGAUAAUGUAAUUUCUAUUCAAAUAGUCAAUGCGAAUGGUCAAUUGAUUACAGCGGAUAACGAUCAAAAUUCUGAUUUAUUCUUUGCCCUUCGUGGCGCAGGGGGUGGAAGUUAUGGAAUAGUUACAUCAUUAACAUUUAAACUUUCAAAUGUUCCCGAUAAAGUCACAUCGAUUAGUAUUAAUUAUGAUCUAUCAAAUAUUCAAACAAUUUUUGAUGCAAUUCAUCAAUAUGGUGCAAAACUUCAAAAAGAAGUAACAUUCUCUUUAGAAUUUUCACAAUCUGGCUUUCAACUUACUGGUGUAUAUCUCGGAAAUAGUCAAGAAGCUAAAGAAGCUAUGCAAGAUAUUGUAUCAGCUACAAAUGCUAAUCCUCAAUAUAAUGAAGAAACAUUCUUUGACAGUGUAGUCAGAUGGUCAUAUACUGAUCCUGAACAAGUUAAAAAUCCACAACAUCAUCCAUACAGUUUCAAAGCAAAAACAUUCUUUGUAAAUUCACCUGGUCUCUCUCAAGAUGGUAUUCAAUUUAUUGUUAAUUUUAUUAAAACACAACCAUGUUCUACCCUUGCCAUGUUUGAUUUAUAUGCUGGUAGUUUAAUAAAUUCGGUAGAUUUAGAUGCUACAGCUUUUGUUCAUCGAAAUUCAUUAUAUGGGAUACAAGUAUUAAGCACUUUGACAGGACAAUCUGAUUUAUGUUUGAGUAAUUUAAAAUCAUUUGGUGUUGAAUUCCAGAAAAAAUAUACAAGUCAAUUUAGUUAUCAAAAUUAUAUUGAUAGAGAUUUAAUUGAUUGGCAACAUAAAUAUUAUGGAUCAAAUUUUGAUAAAUUGGUAGAGAUAAAAAAGAAAUAUGAUCCUAAUAACUUAUUUUCAUUUCCUCAAAGUAUUCCUGUAAAUUCAAAUUAA